GAGAGAGGAGAGGAGAGGAGAGGAGAGGAGAGGAGAGGGCAGGAGAGGAGAGGACAGGAGAGGAGAAGCCGGGCGGGGAGACUGGGCCAGGGGCCGGGACACAUGGAUUAACCAGGCGCCCUCUCGGGCCGGUGUCCGCCCAGCCGCACCAUGGGCAAACUUCACUCCAAACACGCUGCCGUGUGUAAGCGCAGGGAGAGCCCCGAAGGUGACAGCUUCGCAGUGAACGCCUCCUGGGCUAGGAAGGGGAUCGAAGACUGGAUCGGGAAGCAACGCUACCCCAGCAGUGGCCCAGGAUCCCGGCAGCCCCGGGUGGUGGGCGGCUUCUCCAGCGGCACCCGGGAUCCGGCUGGUGAAGUUUACCGAGAAACAAUCAGCGAGGAACAUUUUCGUCUAGAAGUGUCUUUGCCUCCUGAGAAGACAGAUGGACCAGGGAGUGGAGAUGAAAAGAAGGCUGAGAAAGACAGUGAAUCUUGCCCCAGCUCCAAGAAACAGCUGAAAUUUGAAGAAUUACAGUGUGAUGUUUCCGUAGAGGAAGACAACCGGCAAGAAUGGACCUUCACACUAUAUGACUUUGAUAAUAACGGCAAAGUCACUCGAGAGGAUAUCACUAGCUUGCUCCACACCAUCUAUGAGGUAGUUGAUUCCUCGGUCAACCAUUCCCCUACAUCCAGCAAGACUCUUCGGGUGAAACUCACAGUGGCCCCAGAUGGGAGUCAAAAGAGGAAAAGUAUUUUGCUCAAUCAUGCCGACCUACCAAGUUUGAGGCGCAGAACAGAGAGCAAGGCCAAUGAAGAGCUGAGGAGCUUGGAGAAGAAGCAACGUGCUCCCCUCAGGUACCAUGGAGAUGCCCACUUGGAGCAAUCUGGGCGUUAUCACCAUUGUGUUGAUGAGAACAUUGAAAGAAGAAACCACUAUUUAGAUCUUGCAGGGAUAGAAAACUACACAUCCAAGUUUGGACCAGGCUCUCCUUCACAGAAGCCUGAGCUGCCCACGAGAGUCCCCAUCCAGACUAGAUCUCGCUCCCAUGAACCUGAAACCAUCCAUGUGCACCACAGGAAGUCCCAGGGGGCAGAACCUGGCCCCUUUCACUUCAUGGACAUUCCAUAUGCCAAGAUCACUGAAGUCCAGCAACGCCUCCGGGUUGGUCAGGAUCUGAGCAAGCACUUUGUAAAGUCCCCCAAAGCCCAGAGCAAAAAUGUGGGGUCAGCCCACCUGGGGAGGGGAGCAAGAAACAAAUCGAUCCUGGGACCUGCCAUCCCCUUGGCUUCCCCAACGACCCGCCCCAUCCCACCCUACCUCCUUGGCCCAGCCCCACCAAUGCACAAGAAACACAAGCAGAGAGCCAAGGAAAGUCAGCAGAUGUGCAAAAGCCUCCAGCCCCCUGGGAGCACAGUGGUGGAGAAGGAACAUGUGCGAGACCUGCCCACAGUUGUAUUAUAUGAGGGCCAGGUGGGGCAAAUGGUCCAGAGACAUGAACACCACCAUCACCAUGAACAUCACCACCAUUACCACCAUUUCUAUCAGACAUAGAGCAUCCUGCCCCCACCCUCACACUAAAGAACUCCCCAACCCCACCACAAUAUGAAGGAACCCCUCUCCCAUGAUGUCUGACUCCCAAGGCAUUAUCGUUCUUAUUCAUAAUUAUUCUUAUUGUUGUUGUUACUUCACUAAUAUUCAAUUAGUCUCCAUUUUAGAAAUUAUAUGGAAACACAGACACUUACCUUAAUUUAUAUAUUGUGGAAACUGCAUAGCUUACUUAAUUAACAACUUGUGAAUUUUUGUAGCGGCUUGUGAGGAUUGCGGAGGCAGUCCCUGGCUUUCAGAACUGGGCUCUCCCUGCAGAUGGUCAUCAAUACGCUUCUGGGACCAGCACAGGGAUGGAGGGGGUGGAUGGCCAUUGCCAUGAUCCAAUGGUUCCUUGGCUUCCACCUCCCCUCCUGUAUUCCAGCCUUUCCUGGGGAAACAUUACUGCCUGGUCCUGCUUCCAGAGACCUUUAGAAUUGCUGAGACAACAAACUGUUGCUACCUCUUAGUAUUACUUAGAUUUUAUUUGUCCCUUAAUUGAUUGUAAUGUGCUAUGGGGGGAUUUUGAUGGACUCUGGUUACGUGGCCUAUUUGGUGUCAUGUUUUCCUAUCCCUGGGAACGUUAGCUGUAUUUGUCAAUGGAGUUACCCUUAACACCUACCUACUCAUUUGAAUCCCAGAUUCUUUUCUGAAGGCAGUCUUGACUGUUCUAUGAUGGAAAAAUCAGGAAACACCCUUCUCUCCUCUCCUCUUUGCUCUUAAGGGAAGUACGUGUACAUUCAUGUAGCUAAAGUCUGUCUCUGAAACUACACUUGUCUUGGAAAACCACUGGAAAAGGGAGUGACCACAGGAACACGAGCGCAGGGUUGUUUUUUUUGUUUGUUUUUUAAGUCCUGCCUUCAACAAAACUGGGGCUGUUCCCAGGUGUUGUGUGUUGGCUUUUCCGGAAAUUGUUGUUGUGACUGAGAAUGUUAAAAACCCUUUCCCCUUACAGUGCUGGCAAAUAUAUUGUACAUACCUACAUAAUUAUAUAAAUAUAGCUAUUUAUAGAGACAGAUACUAGUUUGUCUCUAUAUAUAUUUAUAUAAAUAUACACACUCAGGUACAUUUUCUUGUGUUGUAGAAAUCUGUGAUUUGCUUCUCUGAAAUAUAAUUAUUGUCCCAGGAGAUGGGUUUUCAUGUGUAUGUGGCUGUGGUUGGGGAUAUGUGGUUUAAUUUUACCCCCUGGUGGGGUCUGCCUUUGUUUCUGUUCUUUUAAAGCAAAUGAGGAGGUUCCUUCUCCUUCCAAGCAUGCCAUGCUUUUCUCCUCUCCUGAUUUCUCUCUUUAAGAGGGUUAGGAUCAAGCAGAUCUGAAGGAGAGAUAUGCUGGGGAAAUAGGGUCAGAGAGUACUGAUAGCAUUGGGCAGAGUGGAAUGCUGGUCCUGGGUGGCCAAUCCAGAGGAAGGAUUGCAGUCUGGCUGCUUAGUAAGGGCUGGGACUUGGGCAGAAAGAAAGAGAAAAGGGACACACUGAACUUUUCAUGUGUGUGUAUGUGUGAGUUUUACCUCCUGCCUUUUCAUAUUCUCUCCAGUGAGAGUGCUUUAGGCUUCAGGUUGUCAUGCAGUGGGGGAGGGGUCUGUGGAAUAUUUUAGAGGAUGCUGGGGUCAGUUUUGGCUUUUCUUUUCUUUCCUUUUUUUGUAGUGGGUUCCCAGCAUCCUACAGCUAGGAGAAUGGAAUAUGGAUGUGUGACUCUCCUGGGCUCCUGGAGAACAGGAAUGGUUUUCCAAAGGAACAUUUUCAGAGACUUGUCAGUGAGGAUUUCCUUUUUGCAUCCCCUCCUUUUUUCACCAUCUAUCUUAGAGGGGGCACCUGAGCCUUUUCCCCAUAUGCUCAUUUGGAUCAGAAUGGUCACUUUGGGGACUAACCAGGGAGAACUCCAAAACUGUACCAUCAUACAGCCUUCCUUGUUCCUAGUCCUGAAUCUGCAUGUCUGUCAGGAUCUUCAUUGUCCCUCUGUAAUUGGAGUUUCUUUAAAAGAAAAAAGAAAGAGGAGAAAAAAACAAUCUACAAACUUGUCAGUUCUUGAUUCUGUUUUAUUUAGGGAUUUCUCAUCUUCGUCUACAGAUGCUUAGAUGGAUUUUCCAGUUUCCAAACAACUAUUCCCCCUCACCACCCACCACACACAUACCCCAACUCAUAUAAUUAUACAGAAGGCAGAAUUAUCUGUACAUGGUGGUUCCAUUUGUUGCCCCCAGAAUUGUUCUAGGAAGAGCCUCAGACCCCCUCUUUAUAUUGUGUCUUUUCACUGUGUGUGUGAUUGUGUGUAUACAUGCACACAUGCAUACAUAAUAUGGCUAUUAUAAAUGUACACACACAUAUGUAAUUAUGGACUAGAAAGAGAAAAGGCAUUUCCAUGUUGAGCAGAAGGAAUAAGCUUAUUUAUAUUCUUGUGUUAAUGAAGUCUGGUGUGUUCAAGUGACUCGUGUUGUGAAGCAUGCAAACACCAGAAUGUACAUUCCAGCUGUCAGCGGCGUCAUGCCAUUGUUCUCAGAGAGGCGGAGGGAAGCUCCCCCUGCUACAGAGGAUUGCCAAUUAGGGUUUUUGGCAAAGGGGAGCAGACAGGAGCUGCCGCUGUUACUUUCUUCCUUGUUUCUUUCUUUUCAAAUAUCCUUUUAAAAUCACAAAUCAUUACAGGGCCAAAGGGAUUGGGGAAUUUUAAAAAUGCCAAGAACAUCCCUUGAAUGUGUUUCGGGGAGAGGAGUCUGGGCGGGGCAGGUGGGGGCGGGGGGCGGCAGAGGCGCUGCUUGAAGUCCCCCCAAAGAGCAGCUUGUCAGAGACGCUAACAGCGGCAAUCACGCCCGCGCUUGCAUCUCAUCGCUGACUCCCAACUCCCCUGUCAGCGUUCCCGCUAAUGAAAGUGGACUCCUGGAAUAUGCUCUCUCGCUUGAUCGAAUCUUUGAAAUUCAUUUUCCUGCCUCGCCUCUUCUCCCCCCCACACCUCCUCAACCUCCCACCAGCCCCCACCCCCAUCCCCAGAUCCAAAAGACAAGCUCUGUCAUGGGACAAUCAUGUGAAAGGUCCCAUGAAUAUUAAUACUGUCACAGCCCCACUUGCAGACACGGGCAGGGUUUAGCUCCUGUGGCAGGGGGCUUUAGUUUGGAACUUUCUAUCCACGCCAUCCCAUCUCCCUCUACGCCCCCGCUCCCAACCUAUGUUUCCUGAUGUUUGCUUUUCAGUAUUUUGUAUAGUAACUAGAGAUGGUUUUGACUAAAUGCUUUAUUUAUUUAAUAGCAAAAAAAAAAAAAAAAUGUGCUGAGAGGAAUUCUCCUUAAUUAAAGUUUUACU